AUGAUAGAAGAAGCUAGCCGGAAGGCGAUCGAGGAAUACGAGAGAAGGACCACGACUCCUCUGGUCAAAGAAACAGCGAGAAGGCAGCUGUUCGAGAAUACCGAACCGCAAAGGGAGUCAACGGUGCAAGGCAAGCAAGAGCACCGUAACAAGCGACCGGCAUCAUCCGAGGCCGGCUCCAGCAGCCACGGUCGCGCGAAGAGAAGGGAACCCGUAAUUUCGCGUGCGGAGGUAGAGAGCGUGAGGAAGCAGAUAGAAAGCCUCAAUAAACAGAUAGACGAACUAAAAAAGCGAGGUGAAAUAGUUGCGCACAACAAAAAUUCACCCUUCUGCAAUUACACCCCAUUGCCGAUGUCGCGGGAAAAGGCGUUGAUGAUGGUCGAGAAUGCUGAUGUUCUCAAGUGGCCGAGGCACACCAGGGACAGAAAGAGGUGCGCACGGACUAUGAAUUCGAGCAGGGGGAGAGAGUUCGUGCUGAAGGUAGAGGAAGAGGAGGCCAUCUCUUUCAACAGUUCGAACAAGCCAGACGAGGCCGGGGAGAUGAAUAACCCGAUUGUCAUCAGACUGGAUAUAGAAAAUUUCACAGUUCACAAAGUCUUGGUAGACAGUGGGAGCUCUGCAGAUAUCAUCUUCAAAAGAGUGAUUGAUAAAAUGGGGUUGGAAAAUAUUCGGUUAGAGCCGGACAGAACUCCGCUGGUCGGAUUUGGUGGGAGCGAAGUGGCAUCCUUAGGGAUGGUCGAGUUGCCAGUGUCCAUGGGAGACGAACCGAGGUGGAAGACCACAAUGGUGAAAUUUUUGGUGGUAGACACACCAUUUGCAUACAAUGUGAUAUUGGGCAAGCCGGGAUUGAAUUCAUUCAGGGCCGUCAUCUCCAUCUACCACAUGAAGGUAAAAUUCCCGACGGAUAACGGAGUCGGAGAGGUAGUAUGCGAUCAGAAAGAAGCUCGAAAAUGCUACAAUCUAUCACUGAAAGGAGAACCCGGAGCGAAGAAGAGAAAGGUCAAGGAAGACGCUGAACCUCGACCCUACGAGGCCGAACAUUUGAAGCCCAGCGAAGAAUACAAGGUUGUGCAGCUCACACCGGGUAAGCCAGACAAAACUACCAAGAUAGGCGCGAGCAUGAAAGAGAGGGAGAUGGCAAUGAUCAAUUUCCUAAGGGAGAACAUGGACGUGUUCGCAUGGGGACCGUCUGAUUUCACGGGAAUCGACCCUGAGGUGAUACUGCACAGGCUAAACGUAGAUCCAACCAUGCGACCUAUGAAGCAGAAGAAGAGGUCAUUCGGGUACGACAAGAAUGAGAUCAUCCGUAAGGAAGUGGACAAGCUACUCAAAGCCGGGUAUGUAUCGGAAAUUCAGUACACUGAUUGGUUGUCUAAUGUAGUGCUUGUCCCCAAAUCCUCCGGGAAAUGGCGAAUGUGCGUGGACUUUACAGAUCUGAACAAGGCGUGCCCAAAAGAUCCCUACCCGCUGCCCCGGAUCGAUGUCAUGGUGGAUUCUACAGCAGGGUACGAGAUGUUCUCGAUGAUGGAUGCCUACCAAGGGUAUCACCAGAUCCACAUGGCAGAGGAAGAUAGAGAUAAGACUUCUUUCAUCACGGAGAAGGGAAUUUACUGUUAUAAUAUGAUGCCUUUUGGUUUAAACAAUGCAGGAACAACAUACCAGCGCCUGGUUAAAAGGAUGUUCGGCGACCUGCUCGGAAAAACGAUGGAAGUGUACGUGGAUGACAUGCUCGUAAAGAGCAAGAGGUCGCAGGAUCACCUCGCAGAUCUAGCCCAAGCAUUCGCUAUCAUGAGAUCGUACGGAAUGAAGCUCAAUCCAGACAAGUGCACAUUCGGAGUAGGAGGAGGAAAGUUUUUAGGAUACAUGGUUCAGAAGUUGACAGGAAAGAUCACCUCCCUGGGCAGGUUUAGUUCGCGAUCAGCAGACAGAAGUCUCCCCUUUUUUAAGGUUCUGAGGAAACCUAAAAAUUUUGAAUGGAGUGAGGAGUGCGAGAAGGCCUUGCAAGAGCUGAAGGAAUACCUGACAACACCUCCCCUACUAGCAAACCCGAAAGAGGGAGAGGAACUGUUCCUUUACCUGGGCGUGUCGGAAAAUGCAGUCAGCUCGGUACUGGUAAGAGAAGAUGGAGGUCAACAGAAUCCCAUUUGUUAUGUGAGUAAGAUGCUCCAAGGUGCCGAAUUAAGAUACACGGAGAUGGAGAGGUUAGCCCUCGCGCAGGUAGUUACCGCUCGAAAGCUACGACCAUACUUUCAGUCGCAUAAGGUGAUCAUGCUAACGAACUACCCUUUGAAGCACAUAAUGUCGCGACCUGAGGCGUCAGGUCUGUUGAUCAAGUGGACGGAAGAGCUGGGGCAAUACGACAUCGAGUAUCGACCUAGAACGGCCCAAAAAGCGCAGAUACUAGCGGAUUUUGUGAUAGAACUCGCAAGCGAUCCCAAGUUACCCAUGGUCGUUGAGGGGCAAACCUCUAAGUGGAUGCUACAUGUGGACGGAGCCUCAAAUGCCAAUAGUGGAGGAGCAGGAGUAUGGAUCCGGGGACCAGAGGGAAUCGAGAUAGAGGUAGCGGCUCGUCUGUCCUUCCCUGUGACCAAUUAUGAAGCCGAAUACGAAGCGCUCGUUCUCGGGCUAGAGCUUGCUUCCCAGGCAGGCGCCAAAGAUUUGGAGGUGUUCACAAACUCCCAGCUAAUCGCGCUGCAGAUUGAAGGGACGUCCCUCGAGCAGAAAACGACAAGGCGGACGCCUUAUCCAAAUUUGGGGUUGCCAUGGAAGGGAUUGGAUCGCAAGAUUGGGGUUGCCAUGGAAGGGAUUGGUGAUCGCAAGAUUACCGCCCUGGUUCGAGGGCGACCAUGCAUCGCGAGCAGAGCAGAUGUUCAGAUGGUCGCGAAACCAAAAUCAUGGAAGGACGAGAUCGUCAAAUAUCUCGAGGAUGGCGCCUUGCCAGCUGACCCCAUCGCUGCAAAGAGAGUUAAAUUCCGAGCCACUCGAUUCACCAUGUUGUCUGGACAGCUCUAUAAACGAACAGUUGAUGGGCCCCUCCUGAAGUGCUAA